CGUCAUGCCAUUCUAAAAAAAUAAAAAAAUAAUAGCCUGGCGCCAUUUAAAGUGACGUCAGGCGCUCUGACGCCUCUCAAACAGGCGCUAAUCUAAUUUUUCGGCUGUUCCCUGUCAUCCUACUCAAAAUCCACAAAUAUUUCUAUUCUAAUCCUAAAUCCGCAAAUAAAAGGUUUUCUACCCCUAAAUUUAUAAAAAAACCCUUUAAAUUACCCAUAGUUGGCUACUUGCUUCAGUUGAUAGUUUUUGUUCAGAAUUUUGCUUUUGCUUCUUAAUUCGUUGAUGGAAGGUACAACUUUUUUACUUGCUAAAUUUUUACAAUUUCCCCUUAGAUUUAAAAUAAUUUUUGUAGAACUUUAAAAAAUUGUAAGGAAAAUUUGCUUUUGUUCCACCAUUUAAUGCCAACACGAGUAAAUCAGAUAAUAAUAACAAUAACAUAUUAUUAUCUGCUGCGUGUUUUACACCCAUUUGGCCUCCAGCAGAGGGCCAAAGAAGCAACAAACAAGUUUAUAGAAAACGUGUUCUAAACACUAAAAUUCACAUCACCUUUUAAGAUUUCAGACCCAAUUCCUAUAUCGAAUAAUAUUUUAUAUAUUUCGGACCGAAGAAAGAAAGAAAAAAAAAAGAAGAAAAUUUCGGCUGCCGUGUCAUAGGAGUUUCCAAUCCAUUGCAUUUUUUAGCUAUAAGAACAGAGAGUAUUGCCUCCGAAAACUCAAAACACAACCAAGCAAUUACUUCCCAAGUUCCUUUCGAACUUCAACUUCAACAUUAAGAUCAUGGUGAUAAACCGUAACAGAUCUUCUCAACAACUCUACAUGUGUACUAUGUUUCUGUUUUUGCUGCACAUGAAACCAGCCAUUCAACUGAACCCAGGAAUCGGAUGCAUAGAAAAGGAGAGACAUGCACUCCUUAAGAUCAAAGACGACCUCAUUGACGAUGGUGGUCUCCUCUCUUCUUGGGGGACAAGAGAAGAUAAAAGAGAUUGCUGCAGAUGGCAAAGAAUCACUUGUAGUCCUGAAACUGGUCAUGUUACAGAGCUCGAUCUCAAUUUCAAUGACAUUGUAAACACGCCACUGAGAGGUAAAAUUAGCCAUUCCUUGCUUGAACUCACUCAUCUUACGUACUUAGAUUUAAGUUACAAUGAUUUUGGUGGCACUCACUUUCCACUCAAUCAUUCUUCUCUCGCCAAAUUACGAUACUUGAUUCUCUCAACUGCUAAUCUUGCUGUAACCUUCUCUUCUCUUGGGAACCUCACUGGGUUACAGUUGCUUGAUCUGGGUUAUAAUAAUUUUCACGAUAUGAGAAACACUGAGUGGCUCUUUGGUCUUUCAUCUUUACGUUACCUUGAUCUCAGUGGCAAUCUCCUUAAAAGACCCAAAGAUUGGCUGCAAAUAGUUAACAAGCUUCCUCACCUGCAGAGCUUGAUACUAUCUUCUUGCUUUUCUGGAGACAGCACUGCUUUCAGUCUUUCUCCUAUCAAUUCUUCUUCAUCUCUUACUUCUCUUGAUCUCUCUUACAAUAACCUUGUGAUUCCUUCGAUAUACACAUGGUUGUCAAACGUCAGUCAGAACAUCAUAGAACUUGAGCUCUCUUCUAACCAUCUACUAGGUUUAAAUGAUCUUUCCGUUUUAGGAAACAUGGUUUCUCUUCAAUGGCUUUUUCUUGACAACGUUACACUUGAGGGUGGUAUACCAAAAUCUUUUGGGAACAUGUCUCAAUUGCGUGGUUUAUACUUAAUGAGAAACAAUCUCAAGGUGCAGCUUCCUGAGCUGAUAAAAAAUUUAUCUGGACGAGCAGAGAAAUCGCUGGAAGCUUUAAACUUGUUUGGAAAUGAGAUUACAGGUACAUUGCCUGAUCUUACAAGGUUUUCAUCUUUAAGGUUGCUAAAUCUUGGACUAAACCGCUUGAAUGGGACAGUGGACAAAAGCAUUGGCCGCCUGAGACAGCUUGCAAUAUUAGACCUCAGUGGGAAUUCACUGUCUGGAAUUAUAUCUGAAGGCCACUUAAACUUGUCUGAAUUGAAACACUUGUCCUUAGCUGGUAACUCCUUUGUUUUGAAUGUAAGUCAUGAUUGGGUUCCUCCUUUUCAUCUAUUUAUAAUGCAUCUUAGAUCCUGCAAGAUGGGACCUCGUUUCCCUAAAUGGCUUCAAAGUCAGAAAAAUUAUACUCAGCUUGACAUCUCUGACGCUGGAAUUUCUGAUACCAUACCCAAAUGGUUCUGGAACUUGUCCUCUGAAUCUUAUUAUUUAAAUCUUUCACAAAACAAUUUGAGUGGGAUGGUGCCAGAUUUCGUGUUUCGUUUCUCUUAUUUCCCUGUAAUUGACAUGGCUUCUAAUCAUUUGCAUGGUCCAUUGCCUCUGCCUCUGUUUCCUUCAAAACAAAUUUCAUUAGCAAAAUUUUUGGUACCAAAUUCUACUUCCUCUGACGGUGAUUCAUUAUCUCAGCCGUUGAUCUACCUGGACCUCUCAAAUAACUUAUUUUCUGGGGACAUUCCUGAUCGUUUGACGCAUCUGCAAGAUCUGGUUUUCUUGAAUUUGGCUAAUAACCAUUUAUCUGGGAAAAUUCCAUCUUCCAUAGGAUUGCUUUCCAAACUUGAAACACUGGAUUUAGGAAACAAUUCCUUCUUGGGAGAAAUACCUCUGGAGCUAAAGAACUGCACCAGGUUGAGAUUCCUUGACCUGAGUCGUAACAGAUUAUCUGGAAAGAUACCCACUUGGAUUGGGGAAAGCCUAUCAUCUCUGCAAUUUCUGAACUUGCAAUGCAAUCAGUUGUAUGGAAACAUACCCUUGCAAUUGUGCCAAUUAUCAAAAGUUCAGAUCUUGGACCUCUCUGGAAACAAUAUCAAUGGAGCCAUCCCCCACUGCCUCAAAAAUUUAAGAGCCAUGUAUGAAGGGAAUUCCACUCUAACCAUGGGUGAUCACUAUGUUAUGUCACAGCAAGGUUUGGUGAUGUAUCCUCUGGAUUCUUAUAUCAACACGGCAUUGAUUCUCUGGAAGGGAAAGAAAUACACCUUAGUUAAAAAUCUUGGACUCUUUAGGAUAAUUGAUUUUUCAAGAAAUAAAAUAGAAGGAGAGAUUCCAAGGGAAAUAUCAAGCCUGUCAAAGCUUCAUCAGUUGAACUUGUCGUAUAACAAUCUGAGUGGUGCAAUCCCUGAAGAGAUUGGUGGUUUGAAGCAACUGGAAUCCCUUGAUUUGUCUCACAAUCAUCUAUCAGGCAGACUUCCUCCAAGCAUGGCUGAUCUAAAUUUUUUGAGUGCCUUGGACUUGUCCUGUAAUAAUUUGUCCGGAAGAAUUCCAUUAAGCACUCAACUUCAGAGCUUCAAUGCUUCUUCGUUUUCUGUUAAUCCAGAACUUUGUGGGUUGCCUCUUCCACAGAAGUGCCCUGGAGACAAUAUUCAAGAAUCACAAGAACACAAACAUGGAGGCCCAUACAAUCAAGAAGAUGAAGAUGAAUUCAGGAAAUGGUUUUAUAUUGGGAUAUGGCUCGGAUUCUCUGUAGGCUUUUGGGUGGUUGCUGGCAGUCUACUGUUAAAGCGAUCAACGCCAGUACGUCGGUCAACAAGAGUCAUUGUGAAGAAUAGGAAGUUCUUGAACUAAUAAUGUUGCUGCUGUCAUUUAUUUUUGCUGCACUUAUUUAUUUAUUAUUUUUUUUAGUGUGUAAUUUGCUUAGUCAAUUGCAGUUAGAGUCAAAGCAAAUAAAUCUCAUUACUGCCGCAAAGUUGUUAUUUUCCUUCUUAAGAACAUGUAAUUUGCAGUAGCAGGACAGCAAUGAAAAUACAAACUUUCUAUUUCUUUAUCAAAUUUCUUGGCUUUUGAUUGGGACCUAUCAAGCGUUCUUGGAGACAUGCCUAUUUCCAGGCUUUGGAUAAAUUGGGAGAUUGGGUUUAUGUGAGAAAAACAGUGUUCAUGAGAAGAUUGCAACAGAAAUUUCAUAGCUAGGAUUCAUACCGUCUUCUGAAAUAUUUGCAAAGGUAACAGCUUUAUUAUUAUUCUUUCAGUUUAAAUUUGAGAAUGAUUUUAUAUGGUCUAAUUAUUGAUCUUUCUUUCCCCAAUUUUUUCUAUCCUCUGUUUUCUGAGAUUGGGAACUGGUGGUGCUGCUUCUCAAACACUAGCUUCUUAUGUCUCCUGGGAAAAGUUUGUACUGUGAAAAUUUAGAAUGUAAUACUGUGAAAUGUUAGUUCUUUCUGAGAAAAUGUGAAAUGAGAGUUUGAUGUCUCUUUUAAUGUUCCAUUUGUACUUUCCCUUUUACGAUACUGGAAGUCCACUGUUAUUUUUACAGUACAAACUUUUGAGCAAACCAUGAAGUCAACCUAGGUGUGCAAUUGGUCCGUUUGGUUUCAAUUCAAAUAGUAUCCAAAUAACUGAAAAUCGGAAUAAUCGAAUCAAAAUAUGUAAAAAAGUUGCAUUGGAAUCAAAAUAGAAAUUAUAGGUUAAAUUUUAUUUUUUAAUUUUGUAAUUUUCUCUUAUUUUCUAGACUCUCUUUCAUUUUCUUGUACUUUCUUGCAAACCAAUCAAUAAGAGUGAAUUCCUUUUCUCUUCUAACUAAACAAUAUUUGAUGCGCUAAAAAAAUGUGGAAAAUUUUCCAUACUUCAUAAUUAUUC